GUGUGUGUGUGUGUGUGUGUGUGUGUGUGUUUCUGGGGAAGGAAUUAAGGGCCACAUGGUAGAAGUCAAGCUUUUCUCCCGAUUCUGAGUAUCUCUUGCCAGAUAAUGUUUAGAUCAACUUUCUGUUAAUUUCAGCAUAAAUUGUGAGGAUUUACUUUGGGAUUUGUUGAAUCUGUAGAUCAAAAUGAUAACUGUCACAAUUUUGAGGCUUCUUUCCAAAAUCAUGUAAACCCCUCCACUUACUAAGUUCUUUUGAUUGUUUUUGUAUUAGAAAUGAAUAAUUUUUUGUGUUCAGACGUCGAUUACAUUAACAUGCAAACGUGUCUCACUUUUAACUUUCCUAUAUCAGCUCUGUGGUGGUUUUAAUUUUACAUCCCAGUGUUCUUUCGUCUGAUGUACAGUUUGUAUAUUAAUCUGGCAAGUCUUACAAGUUCCUGGUGUCCUAAAGUCUUGCUGGUUCUUGGAUUCUUUCAUUUUAACAGUUUGACUGGUGCGCUGCCUUUUCGGGCAGUACAGGUUUUUGUAGGCAGUUACUAGUAUGAUGACAUGGUUUUGCCAUUUAACUUGUUCAGUUUGGUGGAUCACGUUUUUAAGUUUUUACUGAUGGAGAUUAAAGCAGCCAUUUGCAUAACGCUGGGCAUGUGUUCUCCCAUGGAACCUUGUUCACAGUCUGAAGUUUGAGGCUUGAACGGACUUUCCUGGAACCGCGGUGAUUUCCGGCAUGGUUUGGGAUGGACUCUGUUUUCAGGUGGGCUUUUAUCCUGCAGACCAGGCUAGGCUUCAAACACAUAUCAGUUCCGUUUCAGCAUGCCAAAUGCUAGCGUUACAGACACGUGUGUGCACACUGCCUGAUUUUAGUUAUUUUAGAAAUACACUUGAAAACUUGGAUUAUUAAUGUUUGUUGAGAGGUUUCGCGUUGGGCAUUCUUUAGCUUUUUUUUUUUUUUUCUUUCUCCUGUGUUGUUUUUGGUGUUGUGGUAAUGUCGAUCUCGAAUUUUGAACCAGGAUUUGCUUGCUUUCUUUAGAGGGUGUUUUACUAAAUUACUGCCAUAUCUUAGUUGUUGACGAUUGAGAUAAUUUGCAGCUCGUUUUUUUUUUUUUUAAUUUUGAAGUAGUGAUUUCAUUUUUUCAGGACAUAUAGGCAUACUCAUACUGGCCAUCUCCCUGUUUGCCUUUCAGAAAAUUUGUUCAUUUCUUCUAAAUUACUAAAUUUGUGGUCUGGGGUUGUUCAUCGUGUGCCUUUGUGGUUCCUUUAAUGUUCGUGCUAAUGAUGGCACCGUAUAAUUUCCUCAUCCCAGUACUGAGCAGGCCAAAUCCUGCUUGGUUUCGCAGAGCAGCUGUAGACGAAACAGUUCUAACAGUAGUUUUGAAAAGCCAAGUGUUAGAGUGAUUGAUUGUCUCCUGAUUGCUUGAUUUAGUUCUUCCCCUAGCCUAUUACGGAAUGAUUUACUUUCAGCUGUCUCUCCUUUUUUUUUUUUUUUUUUUUUUUGUAGUACUGGCAUUUAUUGUUUUAAUCUCUCCCAAAUAUGGCUUGUGCUUUGUGGCAUACGUUAUUGUAAGAUGUCCUUUUGAUUCUGUUGAAAUAACUUAAUUUUUCUUGAGACCUCUUCUUUAUUAUGUGUUAUGUAAAACUUUGAUUUAAUAUCCACAUUUUCCAGUGUGCUGCCUGUAGUUUAGGAAUUCUUAGUACCUAAUCAUAAAGGUGCCAAAAUUAGUCUCUCUGAGUCUGUGUGUGUGUGUGUGUGUGUGUGUGUGUGUGUGUGUGUGUGUGUGUGUGUCUGUCUGUCUCCUCCCUUUCCCUCCCUCUCUCCCUCUCUUCCUCUCUUCCUCUCCAUCUCCCCCGCACCCCUUUCUCCAGGAUAGAAGUGUCAGGGUGACUACUCCAGGAUUUAUAAUAACACUUUAAAUGGUUUUGUUAUUUAUUUUUGCUUUAAGUGCAUUGGUGGUUUGCCUAUGUAUAUUCCUGUGAGGGUGUCAGAUCCCCCUGGAGGUGGAGUUACAAACAGUUGUAAGCUGCCAUGUGGGCGUUAGGAAUUGAUCCUAGGUCCUGGGGAAGAGCAGCUAGUGCUCCUAACCGCUUAGCUGUCUUUCUAGUUUCAGGAUUUUUAAUCAGUUUAUACUGAUACCUCAAAAUAGAUCCUGUUUCUGGGCUGCAAGAACCUUUAUUGGCUCAGUCAGGAAGACAUAGAAAGGGUUGAUCACUUAGUAUCUUGAGCAUCCUCACAUUAUCAUAAAUGUCCAGGACAAACCUGAUGAUAUACAGCAGGAGAAAAUAAGCGCAGAGAGCUCCUCCCUUUGCCAGCAUAUAAAUCUGAUCCAAAGCAGUUUCCCUACUUAAAGUAGAGAUACUUUGAUUUUUGAGGAUCAAGAAAUCAGCAAAGUCAUAAAUGUUUGAGAAAAGCUAUCAUCUGGUUUUCCGGCUGGUGUUAUGUUUAAUUCUGGCUGCUGAGCUUGUCAUGGUUUCUUCAGUAAGGAACAUUUGAGAGUCUUUUUUUUUUUAAUGGUGGUGGUGGGGUGUUAAGACAGGGUCUCUGUAAACUGUGCUGGAUUUGAACUUAGAUUUGCCUGCCUUUGCACUGUGCCUGGAUUUUUUUUUUUUUCCUUUUCCUUAACAUGCUAAAUUGGGAGCCCUAGACAAAACUAGCGACAGAUGGGCAGUCUGUUUUAAUUGGAUUUUAACUCAUUUAAGGAAAGAAAUGAAAGGGCUUAACCAGUUUUGGAAACUAGAGGAUUGUUGCUAAAGUCUUAGUUUCCUUUCUGAUGCUGUGGUAAAAUGGUCUGAUAAAAGCAGCAUUAAGGGAUGAAAGGCUUAUUCUGCUAACAGUCCCAGGUUACAGUCCAUCGAGGGGGAAGCAGGACAAGAACUUAGAGCGGAGGGAGGGAGGGUGGAUAUAUUCGUGCUUACUUGUGCUCAGCACCCCCUCCUGCCCCAUUUAUGUCGUCCAGGUCCUGCCUAGGAGAUCGUGCUACCUCCGGUGGCUGGUUCUUCCUGCCUCAGUUAAUAUAGUCAAGACAGUUCUCCAUAGGCUCACCCAAAUGAGAGCCUGAUCUAGAUUGUCCCCUCCUUGAGACUCUAAUGAGGUGCUUUGUCAAAUUGUCUCCUAAAACUUAACUAUCCCACUGAUGAAACAUUUACUUUCCCCAGCCAAAACCCAGUGCAGUACUAAACUAACACUAAAUGAAACUGUUAGUCACAAAUGAGUUACAGUAUUUUAGACAUCAAAGGCCAGUCUUUCCUAAAUUCAGAAUUGACCAGGCUACAUGAGGUUAUAGCUAUGGGAUUGAGUGAAACUGGCCAGAAGGAAAAUUAAAAUUAGAGGAGAGUGAAUUAUUUCAAAUACUCCAAACAUUAAAAUAUGAGACUGCUCAGUGGUAAAACACAUGUGCUGCUUCAACCGAUGACCUGAGUUCUAUCCCCAGGAACCCACAUAAAAAGCAGAUGCAUAGUGCAUGUCUGUAGUCACAUGGUGAGAUGGUAGAAAGAGAUGGGAGGAUCCCCUGGAAACUGGGGAAUAUGUAGUGCAGUAGCAGAAGUGAGGGAUCUGCCUCAAGUUGGAAAGCAAGGUCCACCGUUGAGUGUUGUCUUGAUGCCUACAUCCAUGCUAUGUUAAUGUGUAUAUCUCUGAGAUAGUAGCAUCUGCAACUUAAUAACCUGUGAUCUGGAAGGCGUCUAUAGCACCAAAAGGUUAAGCAAGGGCCUCCCUACCCAUAACACCAAUCAUAACCAAUAAGCAAGAGUUAGAAAAGUUAGAUUUUAAGUCUCUAAAAGAGUCAUCCCUCCAAAAUUUAGUGGUGACAUGUAUGUUUUUAUCCUUUCAUCUAUCUUUAACAAAAGCCAUAAUGGUUGAAUGUGGCACCAUAGCACAACUUUUACAAAGAGAGAUAAGGAGCAUGACAGUAGCAGCUGGAAAGAUGGACGAAUGGGAGGUAUCUAGCUCUGCUGUCUCGGGGUAAAGGAAUAACAUGGUCAUCAGAACCUGACGUAGGCGAUAUCCUUGUUUGUGGCAUGAUUUAAAGCUUAAGAAACAGGUUUGGGAUACAUUCCCUGAAGUGACAUCAAGGGAAUAAGAAGGUAGGGCUCGUACAGUCAUAGAACUCAGGUGAAAGCAAAAAGCACUUGGAGUUGCAGGUGUGUGGGGUGCGUUUUACUUUGGUCUCAUGGGAAGAAAUGAAAAUCUCCAAGAGGUUCACGUGGGUAGGCUUCUUGAGUUUCUGGGGUGAAAAAGCUUUAACUGUUGGCAGAUAAGUCAUGGUCAUAGGUUAUUUGUUAAUUUUUUUGUGGUUAGAUAUCUUGUAGGAUGUCUUUUGUGUCUGGGAAGGCUCCUUGUGCCUAUUGAUAUAAAAUCCUUAGUAGGGGGAUUACUGCCUUAGAAUGGGAAAUCUAAGUGUUCUGUGAGACUAGUCUGAUGAGCAAUAGUGGUGUUCUGCUGUGAGGUAAGAAGUUUGUUAAUAGAGGUUAAUAAAUCACCUGUGUACUAAGAGGUAUCUGUUAAUUUCAAGGAAGAAAGGUUUUCUUCCAUGGCAAAAGGGUAGGGGUGUCCAACAUGUCUUGAGGCCAGACACUUCAGGUGAAUGAUUGACUAUCUGGGAUAAGGGGUUCUGCCAUUUAAAGCCAAAUAGGAACUGAGUCUGGGUGGGUUCAAAUACAGAGAUAAAGCAUCCUUAAAGUCUCAACAAGAGUGUAUUUCUUCCUACAAUGUAAAGAUUAAGACCCGUGGAAAGGUUGGAUCACAGUUAAGGAUGUGUCAACAAAAAGUGGUAACCCCUUCUAAGUCUUAGGUUUUUAAUUGUGCCUUUGAAGAAAGUUGUCUUUAAUGACAAUUGUGGCAGAAGGGGCUGUUAGCAUCUGGGAUUAGAGAUGCCUCACACUUGAAGGGGAACUUGUUAUAAGAUGUAGGGGUGCAUAGUAGAGAUAGGGGAGAAUGUUUGGGGCCCUAGACAUUCUUGGGCCUUUUUAGGGUAGGGGCUUAGGGUGUCUGAUGUGAUGAAUGGCCUGGAGGUUGGUUGAAAUGUCCUACUUAGGAAGGGAAUUGGGCAGCUGGGGAGAACCAAAAGGAAUGAAUGAAUGAUGUUUAUCCCAUGUGUUGAAGAGGUGUAUAGUGUGCUGGUUGGAGUUUUCCAUUAGUGCUAGGGAGGAAGACUAAGGACCCAGAUGUUAAAUUAGAAAGGUCACCGGGAGGAGAAUGCAGUAUAGUCAUAGCCCUUGGUAUUUCUUGGAUCAUCUGAGGCUUAUUCAUGGAGUACCAAGGAAAACUUGAGCCUGAAUAACCCCAGCGUCAUGUCUUCAAAAGGGAAGUAAUCCCUUAUUGUACGGGACCAAAGUUAGGGUAUUGGUCAGUUUUCAUGGUUGGCCCCAGUGUGAGAUUUUUAGAUAGAAGAUGGCAGGAGGUGGAUUCUAGUGGCCCUCAGUUUGCAAUUUAGAUUGGUCUCACGGGAGGUUUAUGAUAGUUGGGUUGCUUUGUGCUCUCACAGCUGAAGUACUAUGAUGGACCACAGGGCUUUUCUAGUCCUCUUCUUAAUUAUUAAAUACAGUCUUAAAGGCUCUAUCUAGAAAGUAGGAGAAAAGGAGUUUAGGGUCCCUGUUCUGAUUUUUGAAACUUUUGUUUAAUAUCUGAAGAGGUUUUUAUAAAAUACACAGGUAGUUUUCCUUUAGCCGAGUUAAAGUAUUGUUUCAUGAUCAGCCAACCCAUGCUAAAUGAAGAAGAAUGAGGUUCUUGGAAGGAUCCUUUGUUAUGUUCAUAACACAGCAUUGUUAAAGGCGUUGAGCAGCCUUUUUCUUUCUAAGAAACAGAAGUCAUAUUCCUGAGGGUUCUUUCCCAAUUGUCUCCCAUGUAGGGGUCUUGAUAUGAUUAUUUGGGUUUCCUGUGAAUGUUGUAUCUCUGUUAUCCCGGCUAUGACUGUGGCUCUCAUUGGCUCAGAUCCCCACCGAAGACUAGGGUCUCACCACUUAGUUCUUGCCUAGAACUUGCUAUGUUGACCAGGUUGGCCUCAGAUUCAGAGAUGGGCCUGAUUCUUUCUACUGAAUACCAGGAUUAAAGGCAUGCACCAUCACAUCCAGCAUGAGGAAUAUUUUCUGAAGGAGUUUUUGGCCUUUGAAGAUGUGGCUGUGGAGUUCAGCCAGGAAGAAUGGGUUUUGCUGGAUCCUUCUCAGAGGAAACUAUACAGAGAUGUGAUGCUGGAAACCUGCAAUAACCUUGCUUCGAUAGGCAUCAAAUGGGAAGACCAGAACAUUGAAGAGCAGUACAGACAUUCUUGGAGAUACCUAAGAAGUUACAUGAUAGAUGCAAUUUGCGAGCAUAAAGAAGGUGGUCAGUUUCAAGAAACCUUUACCUGGAUACCAAAUUUCCGUAGGAGUACUAACAUUUCUACUGGAGUAAAACAACUUGAAUGUGGUGUGUGUGGCAAAGUUUUCACGUGUCAUUUAUCCUUUAGUGAGCACAUCAUGUCUCACUUAGGGGACAAACCAUCUGAACACAAAUACGGUUCAUGGGGAAUACAGCCCCAAAGUCAGAGCGCCGAAACAUCCUAUGAACCAUGUGGAGUGGCCGUCGUUUGCCAUUGUUCUCUUUCUGUAGAUGGAAGAACCGACAGUAAAGACAAAUGUUAUAAAUGUGAACAGUCCAGAAAAGCUCUGAGUUCUUCCAGUUCCCUUCCGAGUCAAAAGCCAGUUUAUCCUGGAGGAAGAAGCUAUGAGUGUGAACAGUGUGGAAAGUCCUUUAGACACGAGAGUUCACUUCUGUUACACCAAUUAACUCACAUUGGAGGGAAACCCUACGAGUGUAAGCAAUGUGGGAAAACCCUCUGUUCUUCCAGUUCCCUUCGAGUUCACGAAAGGAUUCACAAUGGAGAAAAACUUUAUGCAUGUAAACAGUGUGAUAAAGCCUUCAAAUGUCAGAGUUUCCUGCGAAUACACGAAAGAGGCCACACUGGAGAGAAUUACUAUGAUUGUAAACAGUGUGGUAAAGCUUUCAGAAGUCACUCUUCUCUUCAGAGACAUAAAAUAGCUCAUCCGAGGGAAAAACCUUAUGCUUGUAAACAAUGUGGUAAGUCCUUCACUUAUCCAUAUUUACUUCAGACACACGAUAGAUUUCACACUGGAGAGAAACCAUAUAAAUGUAGGCUAUGUAGUAAAGCCUUUCUUUGUUCCCCCUUUCUUCAAAGACACAAAAGAACUCAUGCUUGGGAAAGACCCUAUAAAUGUAAACAGUGUGGUAAUGCCUUUGGAAGCCAUAGCUCCCUUCGCUUGCAUGCAAGGGCUCAUCCUGUGGAAGAGUCUUACACGUGUAAGAUAUGCAAUAAAGCCUUUCUAUGUCCUCCUUUCCUUCAAAGACACGAGAAAAUGCACACAGAGGAAAAGCCCUUUGAAUGUAAGCAAUGUAGUAAAAUCUUCAGAGAUUGGAGCACCUUCCAAGUGCAUGAAAGAUCUCAUACUGUAGAAAAGCCCUAUAAAUGUAAGCUAUGUAGUAAAGCCUUUUUUUAUUCCUCUUCCUUGGAAAGACAUAAAAAGAUUCACACUAGAAAAAAGAGCUAUCCAUGUAAAUUUGCAUGUAAAUGGUGUGGUCAGUCCUUCAGUUUUCCCUGCUUACUUGAGAAGCAUUUAAGAGCUCACACUAAUGAAAAACCCUAUGAGUGUGAACAGUGUGGUAAAACAUUUAGGAGUCUCACUUAUGUUCACAUACAUAAAAGAACUCACACUGAAGAAAGGCAGUAUGCAUGGAAACAGUGUGGUAAAAGUCUCAGUUGUCCUGGUGCUCUUCAGUUACACGAACUAACUCAUACUGGAGAAAAACUUUACGAAUGUCAGCAAUUUGAUAAAACCGUCAGAAGAUUCAAUUAUUUCCAAGUACAUGAAAGGGCUCAUACUGAAGAAAAAGCUUACCAAUGUAAGCAGUGUGAUAAAAUUCUCAGUUGUUCAAGUUCCCUUCAGCUACAUGAAAGAACCCACACUGGAGAGAAGCCACAUGAAUGUAAACAAUGUGGUGAAGCCUUCACAGUCCUCAGCAGUCUUCAAGUACAUGAACUAUCUCACACUCAUGAAAAGCCUGAUGAAUGUAACCUGCAUGAUAAAGUUUUCAGUCUUAGUAAUCCUAUACAGGAAAGAAAGAAAGCUGAAACAAAUCUCUGUGACUGUAAACAGUGUGGUAAGUCCUUUGUUUCUCGAUACUUACUUCAAAUGCAUGAAAGGUCUCAUUCUGCAGAGAGACGCUAUGAGUGUAAGGUAUGCGGUAAAAGCUUCAUUUAUCCGUCAUUUCUUCAAAGACAUGAAAGGACGCACACUGGAGAAAAACCUUAUGGAUGCAAACAGUGUGGUAAGGCCUUCAGAGUUCAGAGCUCCCUUCGAUUACAUGAAAGAACUCAUUCUGAGGAAAAACCUUAUGAAUGUAAAGACUGUGGUAAAGCCUUCUGGCGGCUCCCUUCUCUUCAAGUACACGAAAGGAUCCAUACAGGAGAAAAACCCUUUGAGUGUAAACAAUGUGAUAAAACCUUCAGGUGUCACAGUUCCCUUCAAAGACAUGAAAGAACUCAUAGUCAUGAAAAACCGUAUGAAUGUACACAGUGUGGUAAGACCUUUAGAUGUCACCGAUCCCUUCAAAGACAUGGAAAAACUCAUGCUGGAGAAAAGGCCCCAUGAAUGUUGACAGUGAGCAAAAAUUUUUAGACUUUCCAAUUUUUUUUGUAGUGUUUAAAAGUAACUCCUGGGAAGAAAUUCUGGUGGUAUAAAACAAGUGGUGGUGGUGGCGUUUUUAAUCAUAGACUACUGAAGAAGGACCUAUCAAUAAUAGUGAAUUAAGAUGUUCAGUUCCAAGCUUGACAUGGUGGUGAAUGACUUUAAUCCCAGCACUGGGGCGGCAAAGGUAGGCAGAUCUCUUGUUCAGGCCCAGCCUACUGGGUAGAGUGAGUUACAAAACAACUGGGGCUACACAGAGAAACCCGGCCUCAAAAAACAAAAGAUGUUUGGUUCCAUUUGAAGACUUGAACAUCUCUGGUGGAAUACCUUUGGAAUGAAUAUAAUGUAAGGAUACCUGAUUUUUCAUGUAUCAUCUGGAAUACACACAUGAUAGUGCAAAUAGAGGUAGCUCGUAUAAGAAUAAAUGUUGGAUUGAAAAUAGUUUGGAAAGUAAAGUUUGUAAAAAUUUUAACUACACUAAAAGUCAUGAAGACUAUUGGUGUAAACCAUAUGUAUCUUAAAAUCCUCAUGCAAAUUAGCCUAUAAUGCUCAGAUUUUUGUAAUAUGAAUAUUAUAUAGGUUAGGAGUAGGUUGUGUUUGAUUUGCAAUUACUAGUGAUCACAGAAGGAAUGGUGGUGCAGCCCUAUAGUGCUAGUUACUCAGGUGGCUGAUGGAGGAGAAUCGCAAGUUCAGGACCUGCCCAAGCAACAUAAGCCCUAUUUUUCAAUCAAAAGUUGAAGAGUACUGGGUGUGUUGCUAAUUAGGUAGAAUACUUAGCUGGCAAGCAUGAGACUGUAAGUUCAGUCCUCAGUACUCAAAAGAAUAAGAAUCCCAAGAGAAUGAGUUGCCAUUUCUUUUAGAGAGGCAGACAUUAAGUGUUCAACAGUAGAGAUAGUUUGUGAUAAGAUACAUUUUUGGACAAUUUUAUAAGUGAAGAUCAUUGUGUCUUCUGUUCCUUUUCCUGGUGCUGUGAUAAAAUGUUCCAAGAAAAACAAGCUAGGAAGGGUUUCUUUUGGCCAAGAAGUUAAGCUGUCACAGUUUGACAUGUCACAGAAGUUAGUCCAGGAGUAACUAGUGACCGUUUGCCACACUGUAUCUAUAGUCAAAAAAAAGCAAUGUGUGACCAUGAUUACCUAGCUUUCUCUCUUUUAUACAGUCUGGAACCCAAACCCAUGGAAUAAUGCUACCUCCUUCGGGGUGGGUCUUCCUGUCUCAGUUUAAAUCCCUUACAGGCAAACCCUGAGGCUCAUCUCCCAGGGGAUUCUAGAUCUUUUAAAGAUGAUAUCAGCGAUCACAAAUAUAUUACAUACUGCUCCAAACAUGGGUAGUGCAUUUUACUGCUGAUUUUAGGCGAGGACAACUACAUAUUUAGGAAACUGAAAGUAUUUGGUGUAUAUAUGUGAAAGGAUAAUGGUUAGAAAGGCGAGUGCUAUACUUGGAGUCUUCUGGACUAGGUGCUGCUCUGAGUGAGUUAUUGUUUAGUCGAUGUUAAGGACAGUACUGUACGCUAAGAUCAUUACUAGUAACUUUAUAAACACUUUAGACUUAGAUUUUGUCUGUAAAAAAUUUGGCUCAGUACAUUAGUUCAAAACUUUUUCACUUUGCAAAAUUAAAAAAAUUUUGUACUUUUCUAGACACUCAUCAGUAUGCAAGUAAGAAUUUAGUAUAACUUAGACUAUAUUGUAUUAGAAAGCUUGAUUUUAGAAUUUUCUCUGUAACUUACCAAUAUGUAUUUUAUAAAGUUGUAGUGAAUUUUAGUUUAGGAUUAUUUGGUUUGGGAUUAUACCAUAGUUUCUAAAAUGGUUCUAAAUGUACUUUUGCCAUUUUGUACUCAUUUAUGUAUUGGGCACUCAGCAUUGAUGAUUUCAACUCUGGACAACUUGGGUUUCUAUAUUUUGCAUUCUAAAAUAUUACGGGUUUUGUUUUUUUUUUUUUUUUUUUUCUUUUUGAGACAAAGUAGCUCUGACCCAGAACUCAGUAUGUAGACCAGGCUGACCUUGAAUUUAGCGAUUCACCUGCCUUGGCCUCGUGAGUACUUGCUAGGAUUAAAGGCAAGUGCCACAUUCAGGUAAGAUUUGUAUGUAAAAGGGGUUGGGGAUUUAGCUCAGUGGUAGAGCAAGUGCAAGGCCCUGGGUUCAGUCCUCAGCUCCGGAAAAAAAAGAAAAAAAAUUUGUUUGUAAAAAUAAGCCUCAUCUGAUUAGUGUGAAAAUUUGCUUUCAUCUUUAAUAAAUAGUAAAAUUAUGUUUACUCAAGAAUUUUUAAAAUGGAUUUAUUUUUAAGGAUGUUUUAACUUACAGUCAUUUUAUGUCUGUGUGUGUAUAAAGAGAAGCAAUAUAACCAGAAGCUGAUUUGUUCGGUGUGAAGAGUGGCCAAAUAAAAGUUUGCCACUGUCACGUUGAUACUGGGAGGGUCUAUUUUCUUCUAUUUGGAGGCCAGAGUAUAGCGAGAGAUAGAGUUAAGAUUAAAGAUCAGGUUUAGAAUUAGAGGAGGAGAAAUUGAGUUCGCAUAGGGUUUAGGAUUUUUACCGUUAAGGGUUAUGGUAAAUAAUGGUGGUAAGGCUUGCGGUUGGGCACUAGGGUUAGGGGUUAAAGUUUUAGAUUUACAUUUAGAUUUUGCAUUAGGGAUUAAUGGUGUAUGGCUAAGAGAUAAUGAUAAGUGUGGUCGAAUAUGAGCUGCUGUGUUGUGUAUCAUUGGUUUGGGUUGGGAUCAGAGGGGAUUGGUUGAGUUUGGAGUAGUGAUAGUAUUAGCUGUGGUUACAGUAGGAUUAGGGGUAGAAUUAAUUCAGUGAGUCAGGUUAGGACUAGUGUUAGCAUUUGGGAUGUUAGGUGUGUUUAGUAUUGGAGUAAGAGAUUGAAAUUAGGUUUAGGAUAAGAUUAAAGGUUACUGUGGAGCAGCAGCAUAUUCUGUCUUCCAAACAAGCCUUCUGAGAGAGCAGUAGAAACUGUGAGAAGUGAUGCUCUGUGUACAUGGAGCUUGCAGGAUUGGAAGGGGUCAAAAUGGAUUCUGGGGGAUAUACUAGGAAAGAAUUUACAAGUGUUCCCCCACAUGACAGAGACACCCGGAACACAGACUACUGUACCAUGUACAACUUGCUAGGAAAAAAAAAAUAUCUGAGAAGCACCUUUCAACUCAGUGCAGCUGUGUCACCAGUCUCAUUCUGUGAAUAUUUAAGUUCUUCUUAUGCAACCUCUAAUGCAUAUCCCUCAUAGCAGUGCUUGCUUACACUUUGUGUUGUGUUGUUAGGUUCUAGGAUUAUUCUGUAUAUUUUUUCACCCAAGGGCUCUCUUCACCUACAUUCCAUCCCCUUUUAUUUAUGUAUUUUUUAAAAAAAAAAUACAGAAUGCUUCAUGAAUUCGCAUGUCAUCCUUGCACAGGGGCCAGGCUAAUCUUCUCUGUAUUGUUCCAAUUUUAGUAUACGUGUUGCUGAAGCGAGCACAUUGUAUGUCUUGUCUUAUCUCAUACUUACAUCCCUUCUUUUGUGCAAAAACCCUAUGUCUGUGUUUUUCCUGAUAUCACAUCUACAGAGGUCAGAAGAGGGCAUCCUGUUCUCUAGAACAGGAGUUAGAGAUGGUGAUUAGUGGUUAACCAAUCCAGGUCUUGUAAAGACACCUCUACUGCCACCUUUGUACUUUGUUUAUAACUUUCCAGGGCUGUACUUAUGUGGACUUCAUGGACACCUGUCCUUGUGGUGCACAUGAACUCACACAGGCAAACACACAUAACAAUCUGUAUAACUUUCCAUAGUUAACUUACAUACUUGGUUAACUUAUAUUUAACUAACUUAUAGUAAGUAUAUACUUAUUCUUCAUUAACUGUAUCUGUCAGCCUGUAGCACCCCAAGGUUUCUUUCCCUGCCACUUUUCACAUCUCACCAAUCCUGCUUCCCUCCCAUACCUGAUCUUAGUUACCAAAAUGUAAUGUGGGGUAACCCAGCCCACUGCAUCCUUAGGCCGGUGAGCCUGGGCUAUCUCAGAAGAAGCUAGCUGAACAUGACCAAAAGAGCAAGCCAGAGAACAGACGAGCCAUCAGGACUCCUCCGAGCCGUCAGGACUCCUCCGUGGUUUCUGCUUGAGUUCCUAUCCUGACUGUCCAAAGUGAUGGAUUGUGAUCUAGAAGUGCAAGAUGAAAUAAAUCCUUUUCUUCUCAA